AUGCUGCCCUACGUCCCUAUCAUUGCCGUUAUCUUCGAUCUAGGCGACGUCUUCUUUCAGUGGUCGCGCACAACGAAGACCGAAAUUUCUCCAGGCAUGAUGAAGAAGAUCCUCAACUCGACCCCUUGGUGUGACUACGAGUGUGGCCGCAUAACACAAGCGGCCUGCUACGAAAGUGUGGCCCAACAGUUCCGGGUAGACGUCUGUCAAGUUUGUGAGGCCUUCGACCAGGCCCGUGCAUCCUUGAAGCCCGAUGCUGAACUUGUCUCCUUCAUCAAGGACCUGCGGAGGCAACGGCCGAUCAAAGUGUAUGCAAUGUCGAACAUUGCAAAGGAAGACUUUGCUACUCUCGGGGACAAGAUAGACUUGGAGCUUUUCGACGAUAUAUUCACAUCCGGUGAACAUGGGAGGCGGAAGCCGGAGCUGGACUUUUAUCGCGAGGUGCUGAUGGAGAUUGACUUGAGGGCUGAGGAAGUUUUGUUUGUAGACGACAGAGUGGAAAAUGUGCGCGCAGCGAGGAACAUAGGGAUAAGGGGCCUUGUUUUUGAUGACAAGACGACCGACACGCUAAAAGAUCAGCUAUUUGGACCAAUCGUUAGAGGUUAUGAAUGGCUGCACCGGAGCGGAUGUGAUUUCGAGUCAGUGACAGACAGUGGUGUAUGUGUUGGCGACAACUUUGCGAAGUUGCUGAUUGUCGAGACAACUCAAAACUCAGAUAUCGUUCACUUCGGGCCCUACUCAAAAGGUACAUGGAAUUUCUUCUCGGGACCUGCCACGCUCGUGCCGGGGGGAAUCUUCCCUGAUGAUCUUGACACUACUUCCUUAGCUCUGGCAGUGCUUCCUCCUCCCCAGCCUGAGGAGGUCACCUCAAUUCUGGAUCGGAUGGCAGAAUACGUCAUGCCUGAUGGGUCCUUUCUGACAUAUUUUGACAAGGAGCGUCCGCGCAUCGAUGCCGUUGUCAAUGCCAACAUACUCGCCUGCUUUUACCGCUUCGGCCGCGGGCACGAAUUUCCCCACACAUACCAGUAUGUUCGCGAUGUGAUUGAGCGACGGAGCUAUUUGGAUGGCACGCGUUACUACCCAUCAGCCGACUGCUGUCUGGGCUUCUUCACACGGCUGCUACAGUCUGCAGCGACGGACACAAAUCUGCAGUGUACGCUUCGCCCAUUGCUGGGCUCACGGCUGAAAGAGCGCGUUGCGAAAAAUGGCAAUGCCUUGGACCUUGCGAUGCGAAUCAUAGCUUGCACCUACUUGGGCGUAGAGUGCAGUGUGGAUCGGGAGGCGCUACUGGCAAUGCAGCUUGAGGACGGCAGCUGGGAGCCGGGUUGGAUCUAUAGAUAUGGAUCCACAGGGGUGAAGCUCGGCAAUCGUGGCGCUACAACGGCGUUUGCACUUAAGGCAAUCAGUAGCUCAACAAUUGGGGAAGUUAUGUAA